UUUUUUUUUGCCUGACAAGUAUAUAUAUAGGCUCUGUUUUUACUGUUAGCUAGUUUGAGCCCUUUUGUUUUUGUCAUUCCCUAAAAGUCAACAUGUCCCGUCUAUAUUACAACCUGCCUUGUUUGCCAUAACUGUUCGAGGGCAGACAUUGUUAAAGAUAUUGUUAAACUAUAUUUCAGGAUAUAGUUAGGGUUAUUUCUGUUUUGUUUUGUUCACUUAUAACCGAAGAGGAAGUUUCAUCUGGAAACCUCUCUGUAAGGUCAUCUUAAAGCUUAGAGAAGGUCUACGUUUAAGGUAGCAGCCAUGGUGUUGAUUCUGGGCAGAAGGAUGAACAGGGAGGACUCUGGGAUCAGAGACUCACCAGCUGUCAAACGAAAGGUGUUUGAGGUAGACUCCAAAACCUUUGCCAGCCAGGAUGUCUUGGACUUCUGUUCUGGCUCAACCCACUCUGAGGGCAUUCUGCAGGUAUUCAAUGAGUUUCGUGACUGCCGCCUGUUCACUGACGUUGUCAUCAGUGUGCAGGGCCGUGAGUUCCCCUGCCAUCGCGCUGUGCUCUCUGCCUGCUCCUCCUACUUCAGAGCCAUGUUCUGCAACGAUCACCGUGAGAGCCGCGAGAUGCUGGUCGAGAUCAACGGCAUCCUGGCUGAGGCGAUGGACUCCUUCCUCACCUAUGUUUACACCGGCCGUGCCAAAAUCACCACAGAGAAUGUCCAGUUCCUCUUUGAGACCUCCAGCCUCUUCCAGAUCUACACACUGCGUGAUGCCUGUGCCAAGUUCCUGGAAGACCAGCUGGACCCUUGCAACUGCCUGGGCAUCCAGCGCUUUGCAGAUGCCCAUGCCCUGAAGCAGCUAGCCAGCCGAUGCCGCAGUUAUGCCAUUGCCAACUUCUCAGACGUGGCUCAGCACGAGGAGUUCCUCGACCUCCACAAAGAAGAGCUGGAAGAGUACGCUGGCAGUGAUGAACUGGCCAUCGGUAAGGAGGAGGAGGUGUUUGAGGCGGUGAUGAGAUGGGUGUACCACAAUGUGGAGCACAGGAAGCCCAUGCUUAAGGCCUUGCUUCACCAUGUGCGACUGCCCCUUCUGCACCCCAACUACUUUGUCCAGACAGUGGAGGGAGACCAGAUUAUCCAGAAUGCUCCGGAGUGCUACCAGCUUCUUCACGAGGCCAGACGCUACCACGUGCUCGGAAAUGAAAUGAUGUCACCCAGAACUCGUCCACGCAGGUCGACUGGAUAUUCUGAGGUGAUUGUAGUGGUUGGGGGUUGUGAGAGAGUGGGGGGCUUCAACCUGCCCUACACUGAAUGCUAUGAGCCAGUCACAGGAGAGUGGAAAUCCCUGGCCAAACUACCUGAGUUCACCAAGUCAGAGUAUGCUGUCUGCGCCCUCCGCAAUGACAUUCUGGUGUCAGGUGGUCGUAUCAACAGCAGGGACGUGUGGAUGUAUAACUCCCAGCUCAACCUGUGGAUCAGAGUGGCUUCUCUUAACAAAGGCCGCUGGAGACACAAGAUGGGCGUCCUACUGGGCAAGGUCUAUGCUGUAGGGGGCUAUGAUGGCCAGAGCCGCUUGAGCAGUGUGGAGUGUUAUGACUCCUUCUCCAACCGCUGGACGGAGGUGGCUCCCAUGAAAGAGGCGGUCAGCUCUCCAGCCGUGGCCAGCUGUGCCGGCAAGCUCUUUGUCAUAGGAGGAGGGCCUGACGAUGACACUUGUUCAGACAAGGUUCAGUGCUACGAUCCAGAGACAGACUCUUGGUUACUGCGGGCCAAUAUCCCGAUCGCUAAGCGCUGUAUCACAGCAGUGUCCCUCAACAACCUGAUCUAUGUGUGUGGGGGUCUCACCAAGUCCAUAUUCUGUUAUGACCCCGCAGAGGACUACUGGAUCCAUGUGGUUCACACCUUUAACAAACAGGAGAGCUGCGGCAUGUCAGUGUGCAAUGGCAAGAUCUUCAUCCUUGGUGGCAGGGGGGAAACUGGCGAAGCAUCAGACAACAUCCUGUGUUACGACCCAGCAUCAGGGAUUAUCACAGGAGUGGCAGCCAUGCCGAGGCCGAUCUCCUACCAUGGCUGUGUAACCAUCCAUCGCUACAAUGACAAGUACCACAAGAUCUGACCGUA